AUGAGGUUUCGGGAGCUCCAGAGACAUUUAACAUUAGUUUUUUCGGCUGGUUAUGCUGAAUUGGGCCCUCCCCAGCGGGCAGCAUGCCGUUCGAUGGCAGCAUGUAUUCGAUUCGAUGGAAUCCUCCGCCGAGCAGCAAAUAUGAAAACCUUAUGUUUGUAUCGAAAGUUGAAUCAUGCGAUAGGUUCAGGGAUGGACUCCGGCUCCUGGCCUGCGAUCGCGUUGCUUACGACAAGAAAAGGCAUCUGCAUGUCCUCACCCCUUUAUCAGGGACUUUCCAAGCCCGAUAGUGAGCCGAGCCCUUCGGCGUCCACCCAUAGCCCCAAAGGAGACGUCGAAGUCGCCCUCGAGUUGAUUGCGGAGCUCACCCGCAUCCUCGCGCGGUUCCCGGAGUCUACCUGGCUCCCCAUCAGCAAUCUUUACAACGAGCUACCUACGAAGAUGCGGCGGGAGUACGUCCGGCCCCACCGUAGUCUAUUCCAAGUCCUGCUGAAAUCCCAGUCAGUCCUUGGGAUUCACCUGGACCCCUCAGGGAUCUACUGCGCCCGAGGGGAAGCGCCGGCGGAACCGUCCAAAACGUCACCGGAGCCCAUCCCCGUCCGGGAAAACCCCGCGCCACGAAAGGAGGCCCGGGCAAGCACCCCACCGCGCACGGAAACCCGCGCGGCGUCGCCUCCAGCGCCUUCGCCGCCGCCUUCUCCAUCCCCUUCCGUUCCUUCCGUUUCCCCUUCUUCCAGCUCGUUAGGGCCGGCACCGGUGGAUUUCUACUACGAUGUCGGCCUCACGACGAUCCCGCCACCGCCGGCGGAUUUUGACGUGACGCCGUCCUCCCUGCCCGUCCCGCAGGCGACCGCGGACGGGACGGUGCUCUCCCUACGCGAUUUCGUCCCCUUCAUCCCGCCCUUUUUCGUUCCCCUUGACGAGGUGCUCGCGCAGAUGACGGGGUACACCGAGCAGCACAUCCUCAACUUCUUCAACGCGAAGGCGAUGGAGAUGGUGCAGAUCGCCGGCCAACGGUUCAUCCGGCUCUACGGCGGCUACGCAAAUAUCUCCCUCGAGGGCUGCGAGGAUGCGGAGGAGACCUUCCAGAUGUAUAAGCCCCGGACGGAUCUCCUUCCCGCCUUCGUGAAGGCAUUCGAGGGGAUUCAGGAGAAGUGGAUGCCGCUCACCGUGCUGCUGAAGAGGGCCGACCCGGAAGCUGUCGCGCAGCUAAACCCGAAGGGCCCCGCCUCGAUCAUCUACUUUGCCCAGAUGCAGCAUGUCUUUGGGUUUUCCGUCGUAAGUAGUCAGGGCGGCGACGCCGAGGACGAAUCUUCGUCCCCUUCAUCGUCGGUGCUGCUGCGGAAGCAACCCUACACCGGUCUUACAUGCGAAACGACGCCGACGCCGAAGAGUGUGAAUUUUAUUCUCCAACGCGUACCUAUUGAAGGGAUUGUCGAUGUUCACAUGAUACAGGGCCAACUCACUCCUUCUAUACGAGAAGAAAUUGAUACAUACUACGGCGAUAUCUUUGGCUUCUUCAAGGCCCACGCCACGGUUUUCUUUCUUACGGAAGAUCACACCGUGGUGAUGCGAACGAGGUACCGCAACCGCAUGCAGGUCGCCUCCCUCCCACUUGAGGAGCAACUCCGAAUUGCCCUGGAGAAUCGAGACAAGCGAAAGGCACGGGCCAUUCGCAGGCGCAUCGCGUUUCGCGACAACCCCUCGCACCCAUUUCACGACCCCGACAACUUAGCUCGCGAGGUGGCCAAGUACUUGCCGCACCACGGCUUCGUCUCACUGAAAAUGUUCCUGCGUACAAAUAUCCCGGAGGAGGUGCUCUAUUUCAUGCCUGCCAAGAUAAACAACUUCUUCGCAAAUUAUCCGCAGUAUUUCCAACGUUUCGAGUAUCAGACCGCUGGCACGUGGUGCAUCUGCCGCCCAGGGAACCCAUUGCCUCGUGGGGUCAUUCGCCAGCAUUUUUCAGAGGAUGAUCUUCUGCGGCUCAUUGCAGAAUUUCUGCAACGCUGUGGUGGACCGAGGGCCUGCGCGAAUAUCUAUCUGAAUAUUCCACAUGGUGCACAAGAGGUCCUCCGAAAGCGGUACGGUGGUUUAUAUUACUUUGUCGAGAAGUACCCACAGUACUUCAGUAUCGUCCUUGGCUUAGAUACAGGCAACAUGAAAAGUGGUGCGGUGGUGCAUCUGAUCUCGCUCCCCAAUACUUUAAAAGGUCAGAGAGAGAAGGGCACAGCUGGAGAAUCUGGAGAUGGGCUAAGUGAUGAUGAUGGGGAGCAUGCUUGCCAUACGGGUCAGGGAAACGACGUGGAGGAGGAUUUCGACUGCGAUCACUGA